AUGGCAGACGAAUUCGAAGUCGAAGCGAUCCACGGGGCUAAAGUCGUGCGCAAGCAGAAAAAACAGUUCUGGGAGUACGAUGUCAAGUGGAAAGGAUACCCUGUCUCGCAGAAUACCUGGGAGCCUAUCGGUUCUUUCGUUGGCUCUGAGGGGCUAGUGGACUCUUUUUGGGCUAAGUUGGACUUGGACGGACGGGAUUACCAGAAUAUGACACAAUUUACGGUCGGAGAGAUAUUCACCCCAACCCCAGCUCGUCGUGGCCGUCCUAAAUUGAAAGGAAAAGGGGAAUCGGCAUCUACUUCCAAUUCAGCAAGGGAAACCAAAGCAAACAAGAGGCGAAGGGAUUCACCGGAAAUCGCUGAACCUUCAAGUUCGGAAAGGAAACCAACCAAGCGAGGACGAGUUGAAUCCAUAGAAGAAUCCGCUUCUGCACCCGUGGCGCGUAGCUCAGGCCCUCGGACACCUCGUGGCCCGCCGAAAUUGACACAGUCCAUUUCGACACGCUCUACUCGUCGUAAACCUGUACGGAGUCCCUCACCAAACGAUGAAGUACCUCCUUCUCCCUCUGCUGCUUCUGAAGGCGAGCGGCCGCCUAUCGACGCAGAUGACGAACCGACUGUCGUUGAAGAGGAGGAUGUACCGAUGCCCCCAGUGCCCAAAACAGAAAAGAAAGAGAAGGCGCCCAGCCAUAAAACCAGAGCUGCCAACCCUCUCGUUAAGAUGGUCGAUGAUUUCGCAACCAUGGACAACGGUAUUGCAGCCAAGCGUGUCAAGGCUAUCGACAAAUCGGGACCGACUGCUGGCCCGUCCAAUGGUUCUCAGACUCCAAGACGUUCUGAACGUAAAGGACGUUCUUCCGCUGCAACUGCGCCAAAUGUUCCUAGUUCCAUAUUGCGUGCCGAGAAAGGCAACCUCAAAACAGUUCAAAGAACCCAACAGCCUACAGACCAACCUGAAGAAAUUGACAAUCUCCAUGAGCUCAGCGGGAUCGAUCCCAAGGCUGCAGAUGGGCUAGAUGAUUUUGAAGAAGAUGUUCCCCCUCCCUCGCCGGAAGUUACUCUGCAACAAAACAUUGCAGCAGCCAAGAACAGUUUAUUCCCCUCCUCUUCCACUGUUCCACAUCCAACCCCACCAACAAAUUGGAGGCGUUCCACUAUCUUUGGCCCCCUUGGCUUUGGAUCGUCUAUGGUUCCGUCUUCGAGUUGCGAUUCCAAAACAUUCUCUCUGAAGCUUGAUACCAACAUCGUGCUCCCCGUGACUCUUCUGAACCCAAGUGAAUCUUUCCCUUCACAAGACGGCCAGCCCAUCACUGGACAAUUUUUCAAUCCACGCAAUGCUCAGAAGCUACUCGACACAGUUCGAACUGGGAAUUCAUCAGCGCGGGCUGAACUAGGCUCAAAUGCGACGCCGGAGCAAGCUGCACAUUUCCAAAGGUUUCAGUCCAGACUAGCGGAGGGAGAAAUGUUCACGAUGAUGGUGGGAAGUCAAUUUAUGGCUUUCGGCUCCUCAGAAGCUCUGGUUCCUCGGCUCAACCUCCCUGCAGCACUAUUGGCUUUCUCGAGCAGCAUCUACCUCUCUGAAUUGGUUAUCGAGAACGACGUCGCUUAUGUAGAAGUCAUAGAAUCCGCUAGUAAAUGGUAG